GGAGGUUUGUUGCGAAGGAAAUUUAGAAGUUCAGUUUCUACCUCCAAAUUUUCGCCGGCAAAUCCUAACUUCUCGAAGUUGGACAACUAAAACUUCGUAAAGAAAGACCAUGGCAUCCGUGGGGUUUGGGCAGACCACCAAGCGUUACAACAUCCCCAUAGAACAUCUGGACUAUAAGUACAUCGAGGGGUGUGAGAACCCUCGAGAGCUGGAGAAGAUCCUGUACGAGCUCAGGUCCGGGGACGAGGGGAUUUACCCUGAACUCAUCAGCUUCUGUGAGCAGAGACUGGAGGCAAUAAAGCCUGACAGUAAAGCCCUGAGAGUGGACCUUCCUGCCAAGAGGCCGUAUGACAUCGAUAACAAGGAGUGGACAGAGAUCACGCAGGACAUCACAAGUUGGGAGGAGGAGAUUCAGCAGAAAGAGGAGGACCUGAAAAAGCAGCGACAACAGGUGGUGCAUGAUGGGACACUUCCACCAAUCAGGGGGUCGGGACAGACCAUUGGGACCACCACGGCUAGUUCCAGCCCCAGUGCAGCUAACCAGCAAAACAAGGCCCCACAGAAACAGAAGGCAAGCCUGCCCAGGGACUACAGGGCCUGGGACAAGUUUGAUGUAGAUAAGGAACUUGAGAAGAUGGACAAGGACCAAGGAGUGAAGGAAGAGUCCAAGAACAUCACCCAGAACAUGGCCAAGGUCAACAAACUACAGCAGGACAUGAACACCUCAGACAUGUCAGAUGAAGAGAAGUCCAGAAAAGCAGAGAGGGAGAAAGACAAAGGAAAUGAGGCCUUCAAAGCGAAUGACUACCUUGAGGCAGAGGUGUACUACACCAGAAGUAUCUCUAUUGUACCUUCAGCAGCAGCCUAUAACAACAGGGCACUGGCCAAACUGAGGCUGGAGAAAUGGGAGAGUGCAGUAGAGGACACUAAUGUGGUACUGGAGAUGGAACCUGGCAACCUGAAAGCCCUCCUAAGAAGAGCCAUGGGUAGGAAGGGACUAGGACAGCGUGAGGAGGCCAUCUCUGACCUGACUGUUGUCCUAGAACAGGAACCUCACAACCCUAAGGCAAAGGCCAUGUUGAAAGAAGUCCAAGACCAAAAAGCCACCGAUAAAGAAGAAGAGGCCAAAAAGUCGGAGGAGCUGCUGAAAAACAUGCAAGACACGACCUCAACGGAAGGGUCAAAGGGUAAAGGUCGUCGGAUGGUGAUUGAAGAGGUGGAUGGCACCAUGGAUGUGGAGGGGGGAGACAGCGAUUCUUCGGAGGAAGAUGAGAAUGAUCAAGAUGAGGAAAAAGAAGAAACAUCUAAACCUGCAGAACAACCUCAGGAAGAGGAGAAAGUUGUAGAAACUCCUGCCGAGACCACACCAGAAUCAACAACCACAACAGAGCAACAAAUUUCUUCAGAGAAGACACACGAAGAAGAAACGACAAAACCUGAAGAUACGAAAAAGUCUAGCACAGAAGAAGCUGCUGAAGAAAAUGUACCCAACAGUCAGGAAAAUGUUGUCCCUCCGGCACCUACCCCAUCACCCCCGCCGCCACUGCCAGAUGGCGUUGUCCGCCUGAAGGAUGCUGGGAAUGGUCUGUACCAGCAGGGGCAGUACGCUGCGGCGGUGAAAAAGUACACCCAGGCAAUCACGGAGCUAGAGAAGGAAUCAGCAGACCACAGUGCAGGCCUGUCCACCCUGUACAGUAACCGUGCGGCCAGUAAGAACAAGUCGGGCGACGUGAAGGGUUGCCUUGAUGACUGUGACCACGCCCUCCAGCUGCAGCCGCACGCAUGGAAACCUCUGCUCAGGAGGGCAACAGCGUACGAGCACCUGGAGAAGUUCAGGCAGGCUUAUGUGGACUACAAACACGUGCUGAACAUCGACCCCAGCAACAUACAGGCUCAGCAGGGGUCACACAGAUCAGCGCAGAUGCUGAAAGACUUGGAUGGACCAGACUGGAGAACAAAAUUACCCAGCAUUCCUACCUACAGCCCUCACACGGCACAUAGAACUGUUCCCCCGGCAACCUCUCCACCAACCAAUCAGACGCCAGAACCUAGCAAGCCAGUAGCCAAUGAAAACAAAGCACCUGAAACCAAACAACCAAUGGUCAAUGGAGUCAAAGAGUCACCAGCCAAUGAAACAAAAGCAUCCAAACCAGACAGAGAAAAGGAAAAUGUUGACAAAUCUACAACUAAAAAGGCACAGGAAAGUUCCAAAAAAGCACAGGAAACCAAGAAAGUUGAAGAAAAGAAGGAGGAUAAGAAGAAAACACCUCCUAAAAGUGAGAAAAAGCAGCAGAAGUCAACGUCCCCUCGAGAUACUUUUCUCCAUUUUAAGGAAAAAGGGAACACGCUAGUCAAGAAAGGACACUAUGGGCCAGCUACACAAUGUUAUAACAAGUGUAUAGAGCUUUCCCCUGACCAGGCUGUGGCAUACUGUAACAGAGCACUCUGCCAUCUGAAAAUGACCAGGCCAAAUGAAGCAGAGGCUGACUGUAACAAGACUCUGGAGUUGGAUGAGAAAAACAUCAAGGCCUACUUCAGACGUGCUCAGGCUAGGAAGAUGCUGAAGAGAUACAGCGAGGCAGCGAAGGACCUAACAGAGCUGCUGAAACUGGACCCUAAGAACAAGGCUGCUAAAACUGAACUGGACGAUGUGAAGGAACUGUGGAGAAAGGAGCUCAGAUCCCUACAGGAGGGUAAAGAUAAGGAUUCUGGGAAGGCUGCAAAGGCUGCUGGGAAGAGCAGGAGGCGAGUAGUAGUGGAGGAGGGAGAUGACUCCGACAGUGAGGAGGACACAGCGGCGGAGGGCAUCAAGGGAGACCCCAUGGCACCUAAGGAGGCUCCCAAAGCCACCAGUCCGUCCACCAAGAGGAAACUUCGCGCCAAAGUUGAAGAGGCGUCCAGACAGGCCAAGAGUUCUCCGUACCUGUUCAUGACAGCCUGGAGUGCGCUGAAGAACAGUGAUGACAAUGAGCUGUACCUGGGCCUGCUCAAGAGCAUCGCCCCGGAGGAGUUGCCAAAAGUUGUAAGUAACAAGAUGGAUGCUGACAUGAUCAACAAGAUCGUCCACGUCUUAAAGGAAGAGGAUGUUGUCAACAGAGAGCCAGCCCUGGUGUACCAGUAUAUCUACUACAUCACCAAGGCAAACAGAUUCAACAUGCUGAAAACUUUCCUCACUGCCAAGGACAAGAACUACAUCUGUUCCACCCUGAACUGCCUUCUGAAUCAGCCCUGUACAGAAUACACAAAAGAUGACAUCAAGGCACUCAAGAAAGCUUAUGUCUUCUAAGUCAUGCGCUUGUCAGUAACACUGUUGGGAUAACAAAAAUCUAAUGCCACAAUUAAAGAACAUCCUAAAUUUCUGAGGCAGUGAAAUGUUUUGGGAAUAAUACACUACAAAUGUAAUCUCAAAGGCAUAACUGUUCUUCUGGCUAUGUUUUAAAAAAGAUUUAUUUGAAUUAUCUUGGAGGAAUGCUUAAACUUUUGUGUUAGAUUAUGAUUAGUGAAAAAAAAACUUUAAAUAUGUACAUGUAUUGUUCCAACAUAUACUAUAAAUGAAGGAAGCUAUACCUACAUCAGAAGUGUAAUAGAUGUUUCACAAGAACUAUCUAUAGCCAAGAAAGGUUGUAAUACAGAAAUACCCAGAUCUCUUCAACCCCUGACUGUAUAUGCUUGUAAAAAAAGCACUUAUUGUACAAUAGCAGAAUCAGAGUCUUUAGUAUACUAUAGAAAUGCUGAGUAAAGAGAAAUUAAGUAUGAUGUUGGGUGAUCCAUGGUCCAGCUAGCUGCAUA